AUGCUGGAGCGUUACAAGUUCUCGCGGGGCAUCCUCCCGCAGGGCGUGCGGCGGUACGUGCUCCACCCCGACCAGGGUUCACAAUAUCGCUCGAAAUUUCGCGAAAACCCUGACCCCGACGGCUCCUUCGAGGUCUUCUUCCAGGGCGGCGGCUGCGAGUUCCGCGUCGGCGGCCGGUACCUGCUCCGGUACGAGAGCCGCAUCGCCGGGACGGCGCGCGCGGGGUCCAUCCGCGGCCUGCAGGGCGUCAGCGUGAAGGUGCUCUUCCUGUGGCUCGGCAUCGACGAGGUGGACCGCGCCGGCGACCAGCUCAGCUUCCACGUUGGCCCGCUCGCCGCGUCGUUCCCGCUCCGCAAGUUCGCCCAGAGCCCGCGCUGCCGCUGCGGCUUCGACUGCGCCGGCGCCGGCGCUGGAGACGCCUCCGUCGCGGCGUCCUGAACCCCGUGCCGUGAUGCCUCCUCCUCAUCGUGCCCUCUUCUUUGGCUUGCACCGCGUCGCCGCUCGAUCACUGUAAUCGCUGCUGCCAGUCGUGGAUGUACCAUAUCAUAUCGUUGGAUUGUUUCUUGAAUGAUGAUGUACGGAACAUGAGAACAAACGAUCAGAGAGAUUGGAUCGGUUCUUGGAUUCGAACAGUUCGUUUUCGGUUUGAUGCCAUGGAUGAGUUGACUUCUCGAACUGAUCUUCAGUGCUGCAAGCCUGCAAA